AGGUCAUUGCUGCAGAGCGUAGCGAGCGCGCAGCGCGUUCUCGUCCAGAUGCCCGCGUGCCCGUAUGCGUGCACGCGACAGCAGUUUGUCCUGGUGGGCUUCUCCUCCGUCUCCAUCAAGGUUUGACAGGGACAGACGGACUGAUACGUGAAAGAGAACCGGUCGCCAAGCCUCUUUGUUUAUACUUAUGAAGAUAUCGAUCGAUAUUGAUCGAUAGGGCGGGCGAUUGGAGGCGCUGGUUCAGUGCACGCGACCAUGGCAUCAGAUAUCACUCCCGAGGCGGUGGGCUUCCUGUCAGCCGUGGGCAUCUUUGUCAUUUUACUGGCCAUACUCUUCCUCUUUAUCAGUAAGAAGCUGUGUUUCGCUCGUGUCGGAGGUCUGCCAUGCCUUGAGCAGUACAGUCGGCGCAAACGAAGAGACCGUGCUGGGAUUCACCAGGGACUCGUGAAUACUUAUGGUGAUGAUGGAGAGAUUUCCAGCUCAUCAGACAGUGAUGAUGAGUUAGCAAAGCAGUUUGAGAUCUCAGUUUCCCGCUCACAAAGCUUCCGGUUGGGUGUCACGGAGCUCAACACCCAGAAUGCACCAGGGAAACAUCACAAAUUUAAACGGCUGCCGUCUGACCAGGAAGAAGGAAGCACGGAGCCAUCUGACUGUGAAGAAGCUGAAAGAAACAGUGUGCAGAGUUUUGAAGAUCCCCUGUCAUCCAGGCGACGUGUGAGGUCUAAGCCGAGAGACCCGUUAUCACAGAGUCCCCUUCCUGAGGGCCGGACCUUCACAGACCCCCUCUCUCUGAUGGCGGAGCAGAUCUCUUUGGGCUCCCAGGACACAGGGGACGGUCUGGAGGCUCUACCCAGGGACGAGGGCAGUCGCCUGAGCAGUGUUGGACGGCAAAACCCACAGAGGAGUCUGGCAGUCGACAAUCAUGGAUAUGACAACAGUGAGGCUACGGAUAGUAUCUCCACAUGGAGCUCUGAGCAUGAACAAUCUCCAUCCCACCCUUUGAGUGCUUCCCCUCGUGGACAUAUCUCAAAAUGUGGUGAUCUCAUAAUUGCCCUCGACUACCGGGCUGAAACCCACAGGCUCCUGGUCACGGUGAUAAUGGCCCAAGGUAUUCCAGACAAGGCACGGAGUGGCAUGGACUCCUGGCAGGUGCAUGUGGUGCUGUUACCUGGUAAACGACAGCGGCACAAGACGGCCGUACAGAAAGGCUCCAUGCCUAGGUUUGAGGAGACAUUCCGGUUCUCACAUCUAGAGCCGGGGGAUCUGGGUUCCUCUGCGCUGCGGUUCCGCCUGUAUGCGCUGGGGAAGAUGAACAGGGAGAGGAUGAUGGGGGAGGCCAUGUACAAGCUGAGCAGGCUGAAACACACAGGACGCUUCCAGAUCACACUGGUCCUGGAGCCACGUAGUAAUCUCAAGACAGUAGACUCCCAGGUGUCUUUCAGCGCUCAGAGUGACAGUGCUUCCUCCAGUCAUUCUGUGUCUCACGGUGGAAACCCAGAACUACUGCUGGGUUUAUCAUAUAACGCCACCACAGGACGACUGUCUGUAGAGAUCAUUAAAGGCAGCCACUUCCGUAACUUCUCUCUCAACAGACCUCCAGAUACAUUUGGUAAGCUCGCUCUGUUAAACUCCAUGGGACAGGAGAUAUCCCGCUGUAAGACGUCCAUCCGACGCAGUCAGCCGAAUCCUGUCUUCAAGGAGACAUUUGUCUUCCAGGUCGCACUGUUCCAACUGUCAGACGUCACAUUAAUGGUCUCCAUUUACAAUCGGCGGAACAUGAAGCGCAAGGAGAUGAUUGGCUGGGUGGCUCUGGGCCAGAACAGCAGCGGCGAGGAGGAACUUCUUCACUGGCAGGACAUGAAGGAGAGCGGAAAUCAGCAAGUCUGCCGCUGGCACACACUACUAGAAGCUUAGAGGGGAGAGAGAUAGAAGUCUAAUCACUCAAACCUACUGCGUUCAGCUGGAUUUUCCUUUGGGAAGGAGGUGAAAGCCAACACCAAAAAUACCCACAAAACCCGGAAUGAACAAGCACUUUUAACAGUAUCAAACAAAGAUAUGGCAUGUAAAUUUUGGAAGCGCAUCCAAACACAAAGAAACCCCCACACAUCGCUUUCCUUCUCCCUGAGAGUACUUGAUACAGCCUCUUAUCUGGUAACCAGGAAAUGACUUCAUGGUGUAAUAUACAGACUACUCUCUUCAACUCCAGCAGCAACCAAUCAAAACGCAUUAUAGCCCGAGCCACGGUGAUUGUCGCCUAGCGAUUUCAUGAAUGGAGGAUUGAUUUGAAAUGAUUAAAUGCCUUUCUUCAGAUCAUUUUAAGCUAGAACGCCAGAACCAGUUUUAGUGGGACCAAAUGUUUGAGUAGAAAACUGUUAGCUGAACACGUGCACUUUCAUUCAUGCUCUCCUUUUUACUUUUUUUUUUACAUUUCACAUCAAUAUAUGUAAUAUACAUAUUUUGAUGUAAAAUGUCAAGUAACAAAACUGUAAUAUAAAGUCACAGACUCAUGUUAUGAUAAAAGUUGUUAAAAGGAGUGCACAAGUUAUCUCUAUUCAUAUCAGAAAAAGAGAUAUCAGCAAAUGUCUUUAAGGCGUAGUUCACCCAAAGAGGACAUUUCUAUUAUUAUUUACUCACCCUUAUAAAGUUCCAUUUUGAAUGCUUUUCAUUCAACCAUGAAACGCAAAAGUUUUGAACUCUUUUUAGUAAUUUCACUGAAUGAGGACUGGUGCUGGUCAGGAUUUAAAGGAGACCUGUUAUUUCCCUUAUUGCAAUAUGUAAUAUAAGUCUCAGGACACCCCAGAAUUUGUCUGUGAAGUUUUAGCUCAAAAUACACCACAGAUAAUGUAUAAUAUAAUUUUGAAAAAGCCUUUUUUGAUUGGAAGCAGAAUCACACUGUAGUGGAUGUCUCAUUAAAUGCAAAUGAGCUGCUGCUCCCUACCCCCUUAUCCAAAAUUGGGCUGUUUACAGCUCAUUCCUCAGAUAUUCUGCUUGGUUUUUAUUAUCUUGUCUAUCACGCUGAAAUCAUGUGUUUUAAACCAUAUCAGUUUGAACUUCUGAUAUACGGUUUACUAAGUGUACAUAUCUGAAGCACGCUCACAGAAAGUUUCUGUCACAUGGCAUGUGAGUACGAAACCAAGUUAUUUUUCAUGUCUUAUUGCGCUUAAACUGUCAAAUAAACACAGGUUUAUGUGAAUAACACGAGUUACGAAAACAGUCGGUUAUGUCUGUAAAGGUAAACAGCUAGGAAAGAAAUCGCAUGUUUAUAUUAGAUCUGUGUGUCAGAACAGUUAGCAUGCUUUGCUCAAACUUUCGCCAUGUGUCACUUGCAAAAACACAUAGGUGGUGCUUUGGGUGGAAACGUGCAGAUUAAGGGUGGUAAUUGUAUAAUGAAAUCCACUUUCUAUGUCAGAGGGGGAGUAAAAUCUGACAUGCUCGUUUUGUCACAAGCUUUACCAGAAAACAUGAAAAAUAACAACUUAGUAAAAAUGUUUGGUAGGCCUUGGGUAGAAGCACCAGGGACAGCGAUUUUCAUUGGUAUACUGUAUCACCUUUAAAAAGACUAAUGUUAUUAUUCAUUGAACAUUUUGGCAUCCAUGUUUGAUCUACCAUGCAUGAAUCCUUUCAAUCGAUUUAGUUCAGUGAUACAGUUCAAAAAAUGGUGUGAAUGAUUUAUUUGAAGAGAAAGAUCUGUUUCUGAAAUUCAUGUGAAUCAGUUACUCAAAGAUCUGAUCAUAAAUCCCCUAGCAGACCACUGGAGAUUAUCACUGAAUGCUUUUCAGCAUGUUCCUCUCACAGAGCUUGAGAUUGCUUUGAGUAUAGUGCCCCAAGUCUUAUGCACUAUUUUUAUGAUUCUUGUGAAUCCAUUUUGAAGCUUGAAAGCUCCAGUCCCCAUUCAUUGUAAUUGCUUGGAAAGAGACCAAUUCUACUUAGCAAAAAUUGUCUACUCAGAGCACAGACACUUACGCAUGUCCAAGAAGAUCUUCAGACAAUCUUAACACUGUCCUUAUGACAUUAAAACCCAAACUCUUUUGUAAUGCAUGCCUGUAAUGCUUUAUACAUAUAUAUAUAUAUAAAGUGCCUGAUCUGGUCAAACCUGUAUGGAUUUUUAUUUAUAGCCAGUGAUAUUUGAGAUUAGCAUGGAAAACUCUGGAACAUUACAGAUGCAUGGACCACAGUGUUUUAAAAAUCAAUAGUGCCUGUUUUGCAUGCAUUCAAAUACAACAUGGUUUUUGGAGAUAAAUGCAUAUAUUUUUGUCCAUCAUUAAAGACAUCCGUAAUACACUA